UCUCAACUAUUUAUAGUUUUUUUUUUAAUUCAUUAAUUUUGCAAUAUUAAAUUUAAUUAUUACAGCUUUUCUAAUCACAAUCAAUACAUUCCCGUCUACAAGCAAUCAUUCGUUGAAACUGAUCUACAUGCAGAUAGCUGAAUACGUUAAACAAUGUUCUAAAAGUGAUCCUCAGUUAAAAAAAUGUCUCAUUGAUGCUCUACAUCAUCUUCGGCCAUAUCUAAAGACCGGUAUACCCGAAAUUGAAUUACCUUCAGUUGAACCCUUUUUGAUGGACGAACUGACGCUAUCUUUAACAGGUGGUUCUAACGGAUAUAGGGUUCGACUAACGGAUUUAUUUGUUAGGGGAGCAAGUAACUUUACGGUUGAAGAUAUUAAACUUGGAUCUCCUUUUUACGCGACGAUAAAAAUGCCUGUAUUAUCAUUAGCUGCUCAAUAUUCCAGUUCAGGUGUACUGUUUAUACUUCCGGCAAGUAGUAAUGGAACUUAUUCAGCAAAAUUCGAUCAAGUCAAAGUCUUUGUAAAAGGUACUGUGUCGACCUCUACAAAAAAUGAUAAAAAUUAUCUUCACGUUGAUUCACUGGAUGUUCAAUUAGUUGUAAAAAAUGUUUUUAUGAGAGUUCAAAAAAAUACUAGCCUUAGCCGCAUAAUUAGUGAAGCUACAAAUAUAUUUCUUCGUGAUAAUGGACAGGAAGUACUGAAGGCAAUGGACCCGCAACUUAAAAGAAAAUUGUCGGUAUUGUUCUCAGAAAUUGUUAAUCAAUUACUGCGUCAUGUACCAAUUGAAACUUUUCUUGUAUCAUAAUUUAAUGGUUUAAUGAAUUCUUCAUUGUUAAUAAUUACUUGUUAUUUGUUGUUGUAAUUAUUAUUAUGU